ACCUCCUCUUCCAUAUCCCAAAGAUUUUUUUUAUCUAUUUGGGGUGAAUUUUACCGAUAAUUAAACUUAAGGAUGGGUCGUGUUAUUCGUUCUCAAAGAAAAGGUCCCGGUGGAAUUUUCAAAUCCCACACUAGACUUCGCAAGGGAGCUGCCAAAUUAAGACCUCUAGAUUAUGCAGAACGUCAUGGAUAUAUAAGAGGUAUUGUUAAAGAAAUUAUCCACGACCCUGGCCGUGGUGCCCCUCUCGCUAAAGUUCAAUUUCGUGAUCCUUAUCGAUAUAAACUCCGUUUCCAGACAUUUAUUGCUACAGAAGGAUUGCACACUGGCCAAUUCAUUUAUUGCGGAAGAAAAGCCACUUUAACUGUUGGAAAUGUGCUUCCUGUUGGUGCAAUGCCUGAAGGUACAAUCAUUUGUAACGUUGAAGAAAAGAUUGGUGACCGUGGUGCAAUAGCUCGUGCUUCUGGCAACUAUGCCACUAUUAUUGGUCAUAAUCACGAUGAAGGCAAGACUCGUAUUAAACUUCCAUCAGGUGCUAAAAAGGUUAUCAACUCUAGUGCUCGCGCCACAGUAGGUAUUGUAGCUGGCGGAGGUCGAAUUGAUAAACCUUUACUUAAGGCUGGACGUGCAUAUCACAAAUAUCGUGUAAAGAGGAAUUGCUGGCCCAAGACUCGUGGUGUUGCUAUGAAUCCCGUGGACCAUCCUCAUGGUGGUGGUAACCAUCAACACAUUGGUCAUGCAUCUACAGUCUCCAGAGAAAGUGCACCUGGUCAAAAAGUCGGUUUAAUUGCGGCCAGAAGAAGUGGUUUGCUUCGUGGUACAAACAAGGUCAAGUCAGCAUAGUUUGUACGAUAUUUGCAAAAUUUGCAAAAUGAUCAUAAAUGAUGUCUUUCAAAUUAAAAAUACCUUAAUCAUGUUUAUUUUGAUUUCAAAUUUUUCUUUAUUGUAAAAUAAACCUAAAAGACUAUUUUGCAGCGAAUU